AUGGAGUUCAUGUACAGCAAGGGACACCUCCAGCCGAAUGCGCUAGAUCCGAAUUCAGCCGAGAAGAUGGCAGAGAUCUUGUUCGAGAUCGGCAAAGAUCUCUCCAAGAAGGAAAAUUUCAGCAUGGCGGUGCGGUGGCUCGAACGAGGGUACGACAUCAUCAAUGCCCAGGACCUGUCGCUUCUCUCCCGCGACGCCAUCGAACUGCGCCUCUCCAUAUAUCAAGCCCUGAUUCACGCGCUGCUGGGUCUCGGAACGCCAGAGUCCUCGCAAAAGGCGCUGGACCUGGUCAGUUACAUCGAAUCCGAGAUUGGCGAGAAACCCGUUGUCCUCCUCCUCCGCUUAGAGCUCUUGCAGAAGACGCCGGCCGAGGUGUUCGACGUCGAGGCCUAUGCUGAUAUCUUGAGACGGAUGGUCCGGUCGUUCAACUUCUCCGAGGCGCACUUUAAGCUAUUGGUUCAUCAUGCACGAAAGUUGCACGAUAAGAGCCCGACAUUGGCGACGAGCGUCGUGGAUGGAAUGCUCAGGGGCACCAUCGUCUCUUCUGGACGCGAAGAGUGGGUUGAGAGACUGGUGCUGUUGAGGAUAUGGAUGGAGACGACGCAGAGAGAUGCCCUGCAGCCUCUGUUCCAAAACGGCGGACCUGCGAAUUUUUCAAGACUCGGCAGGUGCGUAUCUUCCCAGGAGCCUCAGGGUAUGCGCACUGAUGGUCGUAGAAAGCUCAUUCUCUGCGCCCUUGGGAGAAACGACACUGAGAGGGCGCGGCAAGUCUUCCAUGGCAUGUCCGAAGCAGCGCAAAACGAGCCGAUGACUAGGUACUUGAUGUAUAAGGCUGCCCUCCGCUCAUCUGACCAAGAGUUGGCUGCUCAGUGUCUGAAACGAGUGGCUCUUUCGGCACCGGGGGAUCCUAACUUUCUUUAUGCUUGUGUCCUCGAGGCGCAGCAGGCUGGGGAUAAGGUCUGCGCGAUGCAGGCCAUGAAGCAGCUGGUGGAGAAGUUCGAAUUCAGCGAGGCGUCUCCGAUUCAUUUGCCGGCACUGUUGCGGUCCGUCAAGGCAAUCCAGCGAGACCCCAGGGACAAAGACGGAAACCGGCUAUUUACCGUCAAGGAACUCGACUGGUUCUGCCAGAAUGCGUAUAACCUUGGCCUCAAACACUCGGAGAGCUGGGACGUAAAGCAUCUCACCCGGCUUUACAACAGCUGCCUCGCUAUCGCGAAUCAUUAUCCAGAGGACCUCCCUGCCGAAGCUACGAGUGACCUCGCGUUCAGGACAAUGUUUUGCGACUUCAUUGCGGCCGCUGCUCUCGUAUCGCUCGCCCGGACGGAAGACAACGUCGAGCAGCAGCUACAGCAUUAUCUCAUCAUGCGGAGACACAUCGUGGCGUACAAUGCAGCUCUAGAGAAGCAGAUGAGCGGCGGUCUGGAUAACAGGCUAAAGAGCGAUCUAACGGCCAAGCUUGCGACGUUGAUGGUGUUUGACUUUGAGGCUGCGAUGGCUCUAAACAAGACUGGUGAGCUGGGGUUCAUCAUCCGUACGGCCGUGACGUGUCGGGAUGUGAAUACACUCAAGGCAAUGGGGGACAUUGCGCUGCGAGGCAAAUUGCCUGGACAAGCCCUCUAUUCUACACUGGGCGUCAUCGUCAACGAGAUCUAG